CGUAUCCGCUAAUUUUGAUAGGAAUUUUAGUAGCAAUCAGAAAAACGGUGUUCGCGAGUGAUUGAAAACGUGAUUCAGCCCAAGCGAGUGUCCGGGUACCAGGUGCCGCACAUUGCAUGAGGAGCACUGACCAGCAUCGAGCCUGGGAGUCGUCGCAUCAUCACCGCCGGUAGCUUUCGUAGUUACUUCCGAUGGCGUAACAUAACAGGGAGUGAUCACUGUUAAGUUUUGCCACCGACCGUCUACGUCGUCUUCGUCUGUCUUUUGCGUCCUGUGCAGUGUAAUUUCAACGGAAUCUAUUCAGGUCCGGAGUCAAUUACGGUAUCACGUGUGUAGCUUGCUGUUAGCGGAAAACAUCAGCGUCUCGAGGGUAAACCGCAGAAAAUUACUUCUAGUAGCAGCACUUCAAAACUAACGUCUACAGUUGGUGAAAAGAGAUAUUGUUAAAGGAUGUCGUCGUUCGACGUGUAUGACCGUGCCGCAUGGUACUUCGGCAAUAUGUCCCGUCAGGAUGCCACCGAUCUGUUGCUUAGCGAACGGGAAAGUGGUGUAUUUUUGGUCCGCGACAGUACUACCAUCUCCGGCGAUUUUGUGCUCUGCGUGCGGGAAGACUGCAAAGUCAGUCAUUACAUUAUUAACAAAAUUCCCGGAGCGGAUGAAUGUUGUAUGUUUCGAAUCGGUGAUCAAACGUUCGCCGAUUUACCCGAUUUGUUGACUUUUUACAAACUUCACUAUCUCGAUACGACCCCAUUGCGAAGGCCAGCCAUCCGCCGGUGUGAGAAAGUGAUAGGCAAGUUUGAUUUCGACGGCAGUGACCCGGAUGAUUUGCCGUUCAAGAAGGGGGAAAUUCUGGAGAUCAUCAGCAAGGACGAAGAGCAAUGGUGGACGGCACGAAACAGUCGCGGACAGACGGGUCAGAUUCCGGUUCCCUACGUGACUCGAUACGAGGAUAACAUUAGCGAGCGACCACUGAAUUCCGUCGGGGCCGGAUCGAACGCACACCAGCCGCAUCACGGUGCACCGCCCGGGGUUGGGAUGCACCAUUCGGAGAACUCUAACAUCUUCAAAUCGAACCUGAACCGGCAGCUACCGGCGCUGGCUCGCGUAAAGCAGGAACGGGUUCCGAACGCGUACGAUGAAACGGCACUCAAGUUGAAUAUCGGCGACGUGAUCAAGGUAAUCAAAACCAACAUCAACGGCCAGUGGGAGGGUGAGCUACGCGGCAAGGUAGGUCACUUUCCGUUUACCCAUGUGGAGUUCAUAGAUGACGAUGUUCAGCACUGGAGCGGACAGUAAAAGCGUGUCCCCUUCUCGCGGUAGAGUCGUUUUAUUCUAUGUUUAUUUUUUCCAAUCAGAGGGAUUUAUUUAAUUGUACAGAUUAGUUUAUGUUUAGGAUGUACGAAAAGAAAAACAGAUGAGUCAUUUAUGUUUUAUGUUUGUUACGAUAAUGGCAGGUGGACUAGUGGAUAGGGUAUAAGUCUAGGCCGUAGGUGUAUAGCGUGAGGAACAGAGGGGAAAUAACGAGAAACCAUUCUAAAGUGACAAGAUUGUGAAACAACCAAUUUAUAUAGAUUUAUUAUUGAUAGACUUUCGCCCCACAGGAAGGCGGGCCGGGCCCGAUGAGGUCGCCACCAUCGCCAUGCAAGCGUAAAUGUAAACCACAGUAUCCAAUAUAAGCAUAAUUACUGCGCAAGGUUAAGUCUAACUUACUUCUCUACUGUUUAAUGACAAUUGCAUUGCAAGCGGAAGGUUCAACAAAACAAAACUUCAACUCCAUCAUCCCAUCGUCUAGCGAGAAACAACGUAACAAUAAAUACGAUGAUAGCGAGCGUAAAAGCACCGUUUUAGCGUCGGAGUGUUGUAGAUAUCGAUAUUUUAUGAAACAAAAAUCUAUACAAGGUAAAUAACCGGGGGAGCUGAUCGGAACGGGAUCUCUCUGUGCUGCAGGGAUGAGCCAUUGUCCUUAGCUUUGUUAGCACUCAUGAACAUGCUAUAUUUAUUUCUAUACUUUUAUAAGAACUGGUCUAGCUACUCCAUGCUCGAAUUUUUUUUUGGGAGAAGCCCUUGAAUUAGAUCGUACUUUUUUCUUCCGUCGUUGGACAUUUCUGUUGCACAAGCGUAUCUUAGCGAUACGGUGAUAAUCGGUUGCUACGGAGACGAGCUCCCGGGACCCUUCAGCAAGCGUCAUGAACUUUGCUGCCAUGAAGUCUGCUUGCGUGAACCCCACGCAGUUGGUCCACCUCCGAACAUGACCAAGAUGCUAGAGUUCAACUUGCCGUCACGAGAAUUUCCGGUGCAAUCCGUGACCUUCUUCAAACCAUCGGUCGAUGCUCCUAGCUGUAGCUAUAGCUUGUGGUCAUUGGUGGAAUUCAGGUUAGGUACGCAUAAUUUUGGCUUCUGUCCAAUCCUGGGCAUUAGGGCAGCUAGACUUUUGUACCAAAUUCGCAAUGUCUGGUCGACGACUAAUGUCACCUUAAGUUUAAACCAAGAAACGAUCCCAAUAGGUAACAGAAAUGUCAAAAAACUUUUACAAGCUUUUACUUUUUCUGUUACCUGUUGCUAGGUAACCUGUAUUGCAUACAUAGCACAGCGAGGAAAAUUGACGCACAUCAUUUUAAGCGAAAAUGCAAAUGAGUAGCAAAUUUAAUAUGACCGUUAAGAUUAUUAAUUUUUUAAAUUUGAAUAUUAAUUUUUUCAAUUUUUAUGCUAAUACUGUAUUUUAAACUGAUUGUAAAACUGUAAAUUGCUUCAAUGACAAUACUUUUUUAUUUGAUACGCUUCAAGCAGUGCAUUGAAAACAGCAAAAACCUAGAGUUUUGGAGGUAAAUUGCCGAAUUGUGUCUCAUUUAUUAUUUUUCAUUGGGUAUCGUUAAUUGUAUAUGAAAGUUUUGAGCAACCAUAAAAUUUUCUAAGGACAUCAGCAUAAGCCCAAGCACAGACUGUGAAAUGUGGAACAUCCCGUUUAUAUACAGGGUGGAAAGAGACUAGAACGACUAAGUAAAGCGCAAAUCGAAGUAAACCAAAAAUAAUUCAAUCAAUCAGCCAACCAAUCAAGAAGUAAAAUUAACAACGAUCCCAUCAUAAUCAAUAAACGUGUUAUUUAGCAUACUAUAUUGCAGCCAAAACGGUUUGAGAGAAAAAAACAAUCGAAACACAAUGUAACCAUUAAAAAUAAUAAAACUUUUGCGGCAGAUUUCGUAUCAUCAGGUAUCAAAUGCAAUUACUUUUGCAAACAAUCCAAAUUUGGAAUGUGUAGUAGCAUGACAGAUCGACAAAAAAGAAACAAACGCUACAGCGUUGACCGGAGAAAAAAACCAACCACACUACCGACUAACUAAUGCCAAAUAGAAUGUAAACAAAAAACGGAACAAAUCAUAUUAAAAAUAAAAAACAAAACGAACCAAAAGGGGCCAUAGUGAACACAACUCCGUCUAGCUGUUUAGCCAAUUUACUCCGGACUAGUGCUGAAAAGCAGACAGGUUUGCUAGGUUUCCUCUGCGACGUCACAUAUGUCGGUGCCAGUACAGUAGCCAACACCAGAACCAGAACCAUUCACCGUGAGUAGCAUGCGCCAUAGUCUACUUCUUGGCUAUUUAGUAGAGUAUUGUUGGCAGUAUACAACAGAAAACAAGAACGGCAUCUAAUGAAGGCAGCCAUUUUUCUUCAGCGACUGUUGAGAAGCUGUGCGUAGGUAUAUUAAAUCUUCUGAACUUUCACAAUAUGUUUCUGAUGCCUACUAUUUUGUCUGUCUAGUUUGCAUACGAAAAAUAUGUGAGCGUAACAUUUUGUUGUAUAGAUAGAUAUGAAAACAUUAUAGAGAGUGUAUUUUAUCUGAAAGAGAACAAACAGACAGGUAUAUAUAUUUUUUGAACAAAAAAAAAUCGUUUAUAUAAGGUUCCCGCAGGCAAAAAUUCCUCCUACCAGCGUAGAAAGUGUUUCUUCUUUCACUCUUGGAGUGAGAAGCAUAGAAUCGAAGUGUUUGGAAAUGGGGCCAGAUUUACCCUUCGGAUAAUUCCCCUCCCACAUAUGUUUGCCAAUGCUCCCGAAGCAAUGGAUAACAUAACCGUUUUGUAAAGUCAAUAACACAAUUACGAAGCUAAUCUGAAUGUGCAAUAAAUUGUAACACACCGUAAUAUGAUACUAAACCCGCACGGCAGCGCGACGCAGGCGUGACACAGUCAUCAACAAUCUAUUAGCGUGUAAGUGUUCUGAGAAGGCUGAUUUGAUCUUUAAAUUCACUCUAAUAACUCACAUUCAGACAAAAAAAAACAAGAGAAACAACCAAAUAUAAGAAAAAAAAAAACAAUUAUCAAACAGUUAUUUCCGUAUUAUAUGAUUGUAAGGUAGAACAUUAACAGAAGAAGAUUUUCUCCAUCAAGAACUAACAGGAUACAUAUUCUAACAGUAAAACAGUAAACUAGUGGAAAGAAUGGUAAAUUUAUCAGGAAGAAAAAACAACACACACAGAAGACCGACGUAUUCGUAGCUUACAGAGUUUAGUUAUCGCUUCAUGUAUGAAAUUAUUGCACUUUACAUAUAUAUAUUUAAAUAAAGUUUAUUUAAGAGAAGGCAUGCAAAUAUAUAAAACCGGUAGGGAGUAGGUUAUCGAAACAGGAUGGUUGAAUUAAUCGAUCAAAGAAAUUUCAUGUACAUUAGAAGCAAGAAGAGAUAUAUAUGUAUAGAGGAAGAGAAGAGGGAAAAGCAAAGAAUUUGGUAAAACGACAGUUGUGAUUACAAUUUAUCUAUCCCGUGAGAAAAAAAACUGGAAAUCACUCCGUCAGAAAACUAUUCUCAAAAACGAUUGAUUAUACAUACCUAUUAUGAUAGUCCAGACAUUUGUUUCAGGCACUGUCAUUCGGUGGCCAUCUGGAAGGUACUAGUGAAAAAUAAAAUCUUCAGUCAAAUUGCUUGAAAGUAC